AUGGUGUUCGCACAAAACAAGGUAAAACCUGAUACCUUGCCAAAAUGCGAGAUUGCUGCAAUUGCUGAACCAUCAACCAAAUCUCCUGAAAAUAUCAAUUUUAACUCAGAAUCAGUGAUUCAAAAUGAUGAGACCGCUGGGUGUUCCAGUGACAAUAAUUUUUUACAAGAGCUUAGUACUCCAGAAGUAACAACAGAAAAUUUAGAGCGUUGUUUAGGCCAUCAAGUGGAAUUUGAAGAGCCAUUCCAAUCUUCGGGGAAUAAAUUUAUUCCGGAUUCAGAAGACAGCUUAGGGGACAUGAGUGAUCUAGAUGCCAGAGAAUCUAGAGAAACAAUUACACAAUUUGAAGAAAGAAAAGGGCGAAAAAGUCGUGGAAGAAAGAGGAAGAUUUCAAAUCAGUCCAGAACAGAUAGGAAAAAAUAUACGAAUACUAACAAAAAAUAUAUUUCCGCAAGAGCUAAAGAAGUUGAACCAAAAACGUUUAAUUCCGCAUAUUCCUGUAAGUGUUCGAAAAAAUGCAUGGAUAUUGUUCCCUUAGAAACAAGGAAAAGGUUAUUUGAUCAAUUAUGGGGAGUUGGAGGCUUCGAAGGACGAUGUGUUUUAAUAACCAAUGCGUUAAAGAAAUCGAGAAGAGGAGAACUUACACAAAGAAUUUGCUGUAGAGAAGAUCCAAGUCUAAAAUUUACAAUAUAGCAGAUUAUUGCGUUUGCAAAGAAGCGUUUUUAAAUACUUUGCAAAUUAACAGAAAUCGAGUUCAGGUAGCUCUAAAAAAAUAAAAACUAACUUGCUACAGGACAGAAGGGGAUGCAACAGCGGAGGACAAAAUGCUAUAAGUCAAGAACGAAUAGAAAAUAUUAUAAAGCA